AUGACUUUGUCCUGUCAGAGGAUGGAUGAAGAAAGAGGUUGGAUCAAUGUUGUGAAAACAAGUGGCGAACUGAAACUGAAAUUUGGCCUGUGGACGUUCAUCGUCGUUUGUUGUCUAACUUUUUGUCUCUCAUCUUGCGUGCAGUUUGUGCGACGGGCCCGCGCGGCGGUAAGGCUGGGGAUGACGUUUGUUCCUUCCUUGUUUGGAGAUUGGACGCCGCGACUGUAGACCCACACCUGCUUGCUACCUGCACGCACAUUCACACCGGUGUCAUUCAAAGACAAAGUAUCACGCUUAUAUCCUGACACCUCACCCAGGAAACUUCUCCACGCAACAUCCUCUCAUGCCGAUACUGCUCAACAUGGACGAACAAUACCAGCAGUUCCGCUCCAUCAUGGACGGCAUCAGCACCAGUCUGCAGAGAUGGGCGCGUCAAGAGCAAGAAGUGCUCAACGACACCGAAGCUAAAGUUGCCAAAGCCAAAGCAGACAUCGAGAAGGCGAACGCGGUCAAGCUGGACAACAUCCGGAAGCAAAUCGCGCUCUUGCAACAGCAGAAGAAGGACGAGACACGCAUGUUUCUGCAAAGCCAGGGGGAGACUGUGGUUGGAGACCAGACGACCGUGACUUCGAAACAAGAGGACGAAGCAGAUAUCAAGCCCAAGAAAGACGUCGCUGCCACAAAGUCAGCGAACAAGACUGCACUUCAGAAGCCGGAAAAGGCCGUCAAACCCACCGCCAGCAAACCCAAGAACCGCGUUGCAAAGUCAGCUCGCCAUUCCAGCGGCGAACGCCGCAAACCAGCGAAAGCGCCGAGCGCGAAACGCCCCAGCCUACCUACACCCAAGACAAAGCCGAUUCCAGCAUCUCAGCUUCCCACAGAUCAGGUCAAACCCUUCUCCGCGAUCAGCGACGCCUUUCCAACCAUCGUCCGCUCUGCCGACAACGACGCCUGGAUCGAACUGCGCUGCUACAUCUGCGGCACAAACACGAAGAAGUCGGGCGAGCCCCUCCGCGGCGGACACGGUUUCGUCCUCCACCUCAAGGCGAAGCACCCGGAAUUCCAUCCUGCGGGCGCGGAGAAAUGGCAUCAAUCGCAUGUUCAGAAGACGUGUUGUUAUCAUCGGCUCUCUGCAGAGGAAGCUCAGGGGAUUCUCGACAGGACGCCGGGUGCGUAUCUUGUCCCGGCGGUGAAGCCUUCAGGAACGGAGCAGACAGCGAUUGCGACGUUGGAGGGGCACGACGACGAUGGCGACGACGACGACGACGACGACGACGAUUUCCACGACGAUGAUGAGAACAACAGCGACCUCGAUGAUGAUCUCCCGCUCCGCCUUGCGCACUCCGCCCGAUACGACGACGACGACGACGACGACGAUGUUGUUGUUAUCAAACCGCGCUACAUGCGCCAGCCCCUCACGCACUCUACCCAAGCCUCCACACCCAGCGAGAAAGUGUACCUCGGAGCCCGCAAGUCUGCUCCAAGCCUUCCUCCCAAGCGAAGCCUGGAAAAGGACGAAGCGGAGUUGGACUCGCGCAAGGCGGCGAAGACGGCCGCCACACCACCAAGAGACGAGCCAAAUGGAGGACUUACCGUUGAUGGCUCGCUGAAUGGGAUUGCGUAG